AGGCGCCAUGUUCCACUGAGGCAGCCGCCAGCCGGCGGGAGUCACAGUUCGCCGUGAGGCUUCGAUCGUUUCGCGCGUGUCGUUAACACGAGCUUUUCCGCUUACUUAAAACUUUCGAAACUUUUUCACGUCGUCAUCAAAGCCAGUGUUCUUGUUGGUGAAUCGUUAAUGAGAAAACUUAAUGGAUUUUAAACUGUGCUUGUGGAAUGUUAACAUUGUUUGAGCGAUGCGGUGGUGGCGGUGAGCAGUGAGCGGGCAUGCAGGAUGAGCACGGGCGGGAGACGCGCGCCCGGCCGGACUGUUUUCAUCGCACUCAUACAGAUCAUCACUAUUAUAUGCCAAGUUCUGACGGAGGAGCCUCGUUUCUCGGAGCCCAUCCCGAAUGUGACUGUUGCGCUCGGUCGUGAUGCGAACUUACCCUGCGUAGUAGAACAUCUUGGCAAUUAUAAGGUAGCAUGGAUUCAUAUAGAUCGUCAAAUGAUUCUAACCAUACAUCGCCAUGUGAUUACUCGUUUAGCGCGCUUCAGUGUGUCGCACGACAACGCCAUGACGUGGCUGCUGCACGUCACACAGGUGCAGCAAGAGGACCGCGGCUACUAUAUGUGUCAAGUUAAUACCAAUCCGAUGAUCAGUCAAGUGGGCUACCUACAAGUUGUCGUUCCUCCCAACAUCCUAGAUGAGGAAAGCACCCAAUCAGCUGUAGCUGUGCGUGAAAACCAAAAUAUAAGCCUGGUAUGCAAGGCUGAUGGUUUCCCCACACCGAAGAUAAUGUGGAGACGGGAGGAUGGCCAGCCUAUCUCCGUGGAAAGGAGAAAGAAGGUAACCGUGUACGAAGGAGACACUCUUUCCCUGCAACGCAUCAGUCGCACGGAGAUGGGCGCCUACCUUUGUAUAGCCACCAACGCCGUUCCGCCUUCCGUCUCCAAGAGGAUUAUUGUAGACGUUGAAUUCUCGCCUAUGAUUUGGGUGCCUAACCAGCUGGUAGGGGCACCGGCUGGCACUGACGUCACGGUUGACUGCCACACCGAGGCUCAUCCCAGAGCAAUCUCUUACUGGGUCUAUGAUAACGUAAUGGUUCUUCCUACGAAGAAGUACGCCAUCAACACAGAGGAAAACUCAUAUCGGGCCCACAUGAAGCUCACGGUGCGCAACCUUCAGGGAGGUGAUUUCGGAAACUACCGCUGCAUCUCUAAGAACUCCCUCGGGGAGACCGAAGGCUCUAUCAGGCUCUACGAAAUUCCUAUGCCGUCAACGUCACCAAAGGCUACCGAGAUGAAAAGUACAGCGAACAAAGAAAGCGUACGUCGCACGAACGUAACGCGAUCUUCGGUUCGUGAGCGUGAGCGUGAGCGUGAGCGUGAGACGGCGAGCGCGACGGAGCGGCCGAGCGUUGUGCGCGCACAACUCGACCGCGCGCCUGCGCCCGGCACCGCUCACGUCUACCGCGCUCAUCCGCACCACGACUCAGGUUCGAACAAGGUGCAGUGUUGGCGACAAUCUUUCCUGGCUCUCAUUGUUCUUGUCCAGAUAGAUUUCUUUGCCGAUAUCUUAAUUUGCACUUAAAACAUUUUCAACAUGUUGAUAUUCCGUAUAAUUUUUAUUUUUUUGUUAAUUUAGGUUGUAUGCCAUUUAAAUCUGAUUAACAGUAAAUAUGGGGUAUUCUAUGUGUGGAAAUGUAUUAGUAAUCAAUUUUCGAAAAUUAACAUAUCAUUAAACCCCUUUUGUGAAUAUUCCGAAUAAAAUUUUUAUAUUAUCAAAAUCAAAUGGUGUGUAGUUUUAGGGAGCUAUUUUCAUAUUUCUCUGUAUUCUUUUAUUGAUAGUUUUGGUCAAAGCUUUAGUAAACACUGUGUAAGUGCAAUAUACAAAUAUAUUUUAAAUAAGAUUGUUGAAUUAUUGUUGAACAGUAAGAAAUUAAAUAAAUGUAACUCAUAUAUGAUUGAUAGCAACGUUUUUGCAUAGUAUUAUUAUUUUUUUUGUUAAAUCGGCCUGGUCAAGGUGGCUUUUGUUGUCUUUAGUCAAUUAAUUACUAAUUAAUUGUGAGAUAUUACAUUUAUUGCUACUUAAACUCCCUUUUAUAUAAUUAUCCUUCAAUCGUACUUUAUCUAAAAUAUAAAUAAAUAAUUGUGACGGCCCGCUUCGCCUUAAGUGUAAAAUGAUAAGUCCGAUUAGAUCUAUACGUGCCAAAGAUAACUUAUAAUUUAUAUAAUUAUAAUCUAGUUUAAUUAUAUAUUAAUAUCUCAUUAAGUUUAAUUGAUGUAAUGCGUGCUGACUUUGCAAUUACUUCAAGUGUUUAAUAGUUAAAACAACACUUUUUGCAUAUAUCAUAACCGAGUAAUAGUAUGUCAGCACGUAAUGGUAAUAAAAUUAGUAUUCAAAGAUUAGUUAGUGAUUCUCGAAUGUAAUUAUCGAAGCUUGCCCUUCACGCUUGUUCAAUGUAAAUAUAAAUUAAAAACUAAUGCACAUAAGAAACAAUUAAUCAUAUCAAUUCGUUGAUUUACAUAGAUGUAAUUAAAUGUACAAAUUUUUGUUUAUAGAAUGUAUCAAUAGGUUAACUACGAGCCGUAUACGGCGUUGGAUGUAAAUAAAGUGAAAUAAAUUAGUAUAAAAGA